GGGGACUUGUCAAUAUGGAACAGCCGAGAAAGAGAGAAAAAAAAAAAGACGCAUGAUAAUUAAUAAUUAAUAGUAUGAGUUGGUGGACUCCGCCCGUUGGACUGACUCGUAUCCCAGCACGCGACGAUCAUGGGUCUCCAGCGCUGGACCAUCCUGGGCGUCGGACCACUGGCUGCACCUGCACGAGCCGGGAUAUGUCAUGGCCAGACCCGCCACGUCAUUUGAGGGCGUCCCUCGAGCAGGAGCACACCCGGACACCGUAGAUGAGGGCGAGGUGGGAUCCGGAGUCCGAGAGCCCGUCAAUCCAUGCUGGAUGAGGUAAAUACAACGAGAACCCCGGACGGUUGACGGUGGGCAAUCUGCGAGGUGACCCAGCGCGACCCAACCUCUCCGCAUCGAAGCGAAGGACCUCGUGAUGAUCGAUCUUGAGUCCCCAAAUCAUCGCGACAAACACGCGCCCGGGGUUUCCAUGGCGAGGGCCGCAAAGUCCGAGCAGCCGAAAGCUAAAACCCGAGACGCGGAACGGCUUGCGGCACGAGAACGCAGAGCGAGAGAGAAGAACGGAAAUACGGGCGACGCAGGGCGCAGGGUGGGUGGGGCGGGUGCUCGGGACCCAAGUCCGACCGGAGACGCGGUGAAUUCAAUCCGUGAGAGCCACCAGAAGAUGAAAUUUCUGCGUCUCGGGAACCUUGGGAACCAUUAUUGGAUCCUGUUGGGUAAUGGUAAUAAUAGUCUGCUUUUUGGACAUUCCAGACAAGGCUGGCGCCUCAUAAAACGGCGUGUGUCUGGACGGGGGGUCAUAACUCUGGACUGGAAACACCGGAGCCCGACUGAUAUCUAUGGCCAGUCAAGCCAGUCAAGCCAGUCAAGCAUUGGCCGCCAAGGCCGUGCUCAUUUGGCAUGGCGGACGCCCAUUGCUCAGCUCAUCCGUGGCAGGGCCUUGGCGCUCCAGGAACAAGUGGCCAAGUCGGUUCGUCAGCAACACCCUGGAAUCCUCGAUGGCGCCAGUCACCCUGCGAAAGUGGGCCUAGUCCCAGCUCUCCUAGCUAGCUCCAGCUCCGUGAUAUCCACGAGUACUCGGUAGUGUAGAUACAAAGGGGAAUAAUAAGAAGUCACAGUCAAGGACAGCAGGGCAGCUGUCCCCGUAAC